AUGGCCUAUAUGUAUCCAAUAAAUAAGAUUCAAAUUGUGUCUUGUAUAUUAUUAUUCUAUAGCUGUAUGUGUAAUGAUCAAAUUUUGGAAUUAACCAAUAGAAAUAAUCCAAAUGUAGUAAUUGGUCAUGGGUCUGAUCAUAUUGGUAAUUAUACAGCUUUUGUACCAUGGGGUCAUGCAAAUGUACAUACAGUUACACAUAAUGGUAUAAAGAUUUGGAAAGAUGAUGGGUCGACACCAUUAUUAUUUGUAAGAUUUUAUGAAUUAGAAUGCCCAAGAAUAGUAAUACAUUGUGGUAAAAAAGGAUCUGAAGUUUAUGUACAUUUUGAAUUACGUUCAGGUUGUUGGAAAUACUUAGAACAACCUACUUUAGGUGAUGACAUUGUCCAAUUACAUGGGGACACUGGUGCUACUGUGGAUACAGUUGUUACUAGUGGUAUUAGUACUACUAGUACUACUGGAACCACAAAAGAUAUAGAUAUGGAUGAAAUACAUAUUGAAAGAUUAGUAAUUGGUUCAGAUACUGAUGAAUCAGAUGAUGAAAUUUAUGAAGACAUGUCUGGUGUGGGAAAUAAGGAAACACUACAAACAACAUUAGAAACAACAGGUGAGUCAACUCAACAUGAUUUUAGUCAACAUGAUCAUUCUCAAGCUGAUCCCGCACAAGAGGAUAGUACCCAAGAGGAUCAUACACAACAGGAUCCAUUGUAUAAAAAUACGGAGUUUCAAGGUGUUUUAUUAGAAAAUCCAACGUAUGAGGGUCCAUCAUAUGAGAAUAUACCACUGGAUACAGAGGAAGGAGAAUAUCAAGAGUUAGAAUAUAAAUAUACGUCAGUGUAUGAACAAUUAAGAAAUAGAACUGAGAAUCAUGGACAAAGACCUGAAAGUAACUACUACGAUACUAUUUCUGAACAUGAUUACGAGCGAGUGAUUGGUUCAGAUUCUGAGAAACAGGAUGAAAAUUCUGAUCAUGAGUCCAAAACAGAAGAUCCAAUUGAAUUUAUGACAACAGAUGAUGAACUUGAAGAUGGUACGUCUGGAUAUGAACGUACUCUAGGUGGACUAGCUGGUAGUGGUACAUCAGGUGAUGAUCAAGGAAAUACAUCUGAUGGUAGACCAACUUUACCACCUAGAAAUAGACCUAGAACAGAUUUAAGAGAAGGUGAACUGACAGCUGAAAUGCUUACUCAAUUGGAGGAUGAUGUUUUUGGUGAUUCUAAUACUUCAAGAUCUUCUUCAAGGGAAGCAGUUUCUGGAAGUUCUAGGAGUAGAAGUUUAUUAACCAGUUCAACUACUUCCGGUUCCGUUAGUUCUACUAGAUCUAGAACCAAUUCACUUAGACAAAGUUUUAAGAAAUAUGUAUACAGACCUCUGAGUAAAAUUAAAAGUAGAUUAACAUCAGAAAGUUCAGAUUAUGAUGAUCACAUUCCAUCUCCUACAACUCCUGAGGAUCCUAUCUAUCAUACAACUCUUCCUGGAACUCAUGAAGGAGAUGAAACUCAUGAUACAGAUAUGACUCAUGAAAGUAGUGGUUAUGAUACAACUGGUUAUGAAGGAAGUACUAAUGAGAAUAAACGUGAUUAUGAAAAUGUUGAUGAAACUGGAGGAACAGAAACUGGUAGAAGAAAGAAAUUAAAGACUCAUCAUAAAAAAGAUUCAGGAAAAGGUGGCAAAGGAUCAAGAAUUUCAUUAAAAAUGUUCAAAAAAUCUAUACGGAAACAUAAAAAGAAACAUAAAAAGUCAAAAGAUAAGAAGAAAAAGGAGAAAGAACCUGAAGAUGGACCUGAAGUUAUUCAAGUGGAAUUAGGAUCAGAUGAUGAUGAUGAAAACCCUUUAUUAGGGGAUUAA